CCAUUUUCCUUGGAGACACUUCCUACUCUCCCCACCCCCACCCCAUUCCGGUCCAGGCAUCUCCCAUAGGCUGAAAUAUGUGUGCAAAGGCAAACAGGACUGGUGGCAGCCAUGAGGGUCACUCCCAGGGGUAGGCUGAUCAAUCCUCUCCCCUGAUGAUAAAACCUGUUUUUAGAGCAAAAUUGAAAAAGAAGGAAAAAUGAGGAGUCCUCUCUUCACAAAUGUUCCCCCAGGGAAUUAUUGACAUGGAGAAUAAGGCUACAGUAUUUCUUUAUUUCUUUUAAGCUUACACAAUCAAAAAAGCCAAAAUGAUUGCAAAUAAUACUUAGUUGAUGGAGACUAACAGUGUCUUUAUAAAGUGGCCAAGUAAUUGAACUAGAUUUUCCCUUUUGUUAUAAGGCAUAUAAAUUCAGGGCCACGGGGUUGGGUAUAGCAAAGGCAUAAUGUGCUGCAAUACACUGGUGAUUUGUGUGUGUUUACAUCCUGGCCCAAUGCACUGCCCCUACGCUAAAUAUUCACAUGGUAAAAUAAGCAAAAAUGAAGUGCAAUAAUCAACACAUGUAAUAUGCCAGACUUUAACUUGAAUGAACGAAUGGGUAAAGAGAAAAACAAACAUGUUUAGGAAAGUAGGAUGGUCUCCUAGAGUGCUCUCUGAAAUUACAAUGCCUGGAUUCUGUUCCCAGUUCCACCAAUGACUUAAUCUAUUGAAAGGGUUUUUUUUUUUUUUUUAAACCACAUAUUGGAAAAUUAGUCCAGUGGCAGGAUAUAUUUCAAAAACAUGAAUAUGCUUCAUCAAGUCUUGAUCAAAUAUCUUCUGAUGAUCACUAAUAAAUGUUGGCCAUUACAUACGUGAAUAUAUUUAUUAUAGUACCAUAUAUAGUAUAUAUUUUCAUGUUCUGGACACAAAUACUUUCCCAAACAUUAGGGGAAGAUGCCGGUUUUCUAAUAUGAGAGGAGAAAUUUUCCACAGUCAAUAUGUUGCUUAUUUGCACUUAAAGACUGCAUCAAUAAUCGGAAAAAGAGAAAUAGUCUGAUAAUGGCUAGAGACUCUGUUUAGAGGCUAAGGUUUCUAUCAUGGACUGCUUUCAACUGUUAUAUUUUAUGGCACAGAUUCAGUGGGAAUCUGAUCUGCUAAAAUAUUUGGGCUGUGAAAACUCCCACACUGUGACAGAUGUCAAGUCCAAUUAAGUGACUCAUGUCCAGGUUUCUGUCCAAUAGGAUUUCCCAUUAAAUAUCAAUUUAGGGGAAAAAAAUUCCAUCCCCCUUCUUAAGCCUUUAUCUCUUCCACCAUCUCCAGGCUGAAUCAAUUGGUACCAGGAGAGCCAAGAAGCCACACACGCAUCUCUGCCUCUUUGCUCUGGCUCUCCCACCCUCUCCCGUCUUUCUCCGCGUCCCUGUCACUGUUACUCCGGGAGACAUCCACUUUCCACGAACCUUUCUCCAAGCGUCUCCAAGCCAGACUAUAUGUAUUUUGCUAUAAGAGACCCAGAAGAGGAAAAAAGGCACGAGACUUUUCAACACCUCAUUUAAAAAAAAAAAAAUCAACAACGAAUUUCCCGAAAUGUUUGAGAACAAUUAAAAGGAGAAGGCAUUUUUGGUCUAUCAACUAAGUGAACAAUCAUUUACAUCGUCCACAUCCUGAGACACUAUCGUCCCUCGCUGUGGACACCAGCGAGAUGACAGCUGCUUUUUCACACUCGAAUGUAAGAAAUAUUUGCUGCUUUUAAUAUAUACUUCGGAAUUUCUCCCCUCUAUUCUUUGGGAUUUGUAACUCUAAAAGAUUGGAGAAAAGAUUAUCGAGAAGGCUUUUACAAGCUUCCAAAAUGAUGCUGAGUCCGGACCAAGCCGCCGACUCGGACCACCCCAGCUCGGCGCACUCGGACCCGGAGUCGUUGGGCGGCGCGGAGGCCAAGGUGCUGGGCAGCGUGUCGGACCUGGAGCCGGUGGAGGAGGCCGAGGGCGACGGCAAGGGCGGCAGCCGGGCCGCGCUCUACCCGCACCCGCAGCAGCUGAGCCGCGAGGAGAAGCGCCGCCGCCGGCGCGCCACCGCCAAGUACCGCUCGGCCCACGCCACCCGCGAGCGCAUCCGCGUGGAGGCCUUCAACUUGGCCUUCGCCGAGCUCCGCAAACUGCUGCCCACGCUGCCCCCGGACAAGAAGCUCUCCAAGAUCGAGAUCCUGCGCCUGGCCAUCUGCUACAUCUCCUAUCUCAACCACGUCCUGGACGUGUAGGGCCGCGGGCGCGGCGGGAGGCCGCCUGUCCGGAAGCCGGGGGAGCGCCACCGGCCCCGGGGGGGCAGCCGCAGGGCUGGUGGACGAGAGGGCCGCCCAGCCGGACAGCCGCUGCGAGAGGCCUGGACGCGGGAGGAAGCUUGCCACGCGUUCGAGCUCUCUCCGGUCAGCGGGGAGUCGAGGGAAGGUUUCCAACUCGGGAAGGUGGGGUUGUCUGGCGAGCCCCCGGGUUUGCAGGGGGCAUUAUUCCAGGCGAGCCUCCCCGAGGCACCCGCAACGCACAGCCUCCAAACCUCCCCUCCGUGUGUUAGGAUCCCUUUAAGGGUGGUUGCUUUAGUUCACUGGAGGCUUUGAGUUCUCCAUUUAUCUCCCACAGAUCUUCACGUUUUGAAAGAAUGAGGGCAGGAGCUCAGAAGCUCAGAGUAAAGCCUCCUAACUUUAGACUAUCUGGGAUUUUUCUAAUUGACAAAUCACCUAACAUUUGGAGGGGGUGGGAGGGACUCUCCUCCAGUGUAGAGAUUUAAGGCACAGAACGGUGGAACAGGAAAGUUUCCAUUCUGCUGUGGAAGGGAAGAUUAUAUUAGGAUCCAAAUAAAAUAGACAAACCCUAAAUAUUGGUAAGCUUAAAAGAUAAAGAACAGACACACUGUGGGAAGAUUUGAUCUUGGUGAGAUUUUAACCCCAAGGUAGGACACUGAUGUAGACAGGAGAAUCCAUAUUUAAAUGGAAAUUUUAAUAUCUGAUUGCUUUUUCAGGCAAAGUGCCCCUUUAUAUAUCCAAAAACAUCUAUUUGUGACCUUAAACAUGUGGACCCAUAGGUACAGUUAGCAAAAGACAACCUAUUUUUAUUUAUGUUAGAAGGAGUAGAGUAUUUUUUUCAAGACAUUUAUUUUUCAGAGUGGUGAUAAUUUUACUUUGGAUACUCUGUGCCAAUUUAUUUAUAGUCAAGUGUUUACAAUUUUUCCUGUGGAAUAAUUAUGUCUAACUUUUUAUGUGUCUGUUGAGAUUAUACUGUGGUCUUUCUUUUUUUGCUCUAAUUAUAUUGCACUUGUAUAACAAAUUUCCCACUUCUCCCUGUUUCUAAACAUAUUUUAUAUAUUAAGAUGUUUGUUCUUGAAAAGGUUCUUUUGUUGUGAGAUCAGCAACAUUAGCACUUCACUAUUAUAGUUUUUUAAAAAAAAGUAAGUGUUGUUAUUCUUAUGUGUAGUUAUGUCUGAAAAGUACUUUACAAACUGUUUAUAAGGACAGUAGCUUCUUUGUGUGUGUGUGUGUGUGUGUGUGUGUGUGUGUGUGUGUGUGCUGUUUGUGCGUGGGAUGAUUUUAGGAAAUUAAGUUAUUUUCCUAAAAAAAAAAAAAAAAGAUUUCAAAACUACUUUCCUCUGUGACAACCAAAAAGAAAAGUCUAUAACCUGAAAAUGUUUCAUGUUCUCAGCUGUGAAACUCUUAAAACAAGGAGUGUAUUUUAGAGACAAGGG